GUUGACGCUCAAAGGGAACUGACAGGUUGAUGAAAAGAAUAAGACGACAUUCGUUCAUUCAGAUAAUGUUGUCUCUACUUAAGUACUAUGAUGGGUUGUCCUAUGACUUCACAAAUUUUACGUCAUGCAGCUCAGUCAGCUGAUAAGUGAAAGUACACUUUUAUCAAUUCAUGUAACUUGUAAGCUGUCAUACACCAAUCUUAUAUUCAGCCAGUAAAAAUGGACAGUUCAGUACCGGUAAUAAUACUGUGUAUCAUCACUAUCAGCUAUAUCGUGUGUAUCAAAUUUUAAUCCAACUCUUUAAGUUCUGUUCUCUUCUUACUCGGAAUUUAAAUUCUCUCUUCAAAUUUUGUUUCAGUUAAUUGCUCUUUUAUUUUGAGCUGUAACUUUGAAGUAUUAGGUCAACAAUAUGCCUGCACAAAUGCCACAGUUGAAGGAAUUUCUCUCCUGUCCUCUGUGUAGUAAAGUAUUUAAUGACAAGGACAAAAAACCUAUCAGUUUGGGAUGUGGUCAUACAGUAUGUCGAAUAUGUCUUGUGAACCUACAGAAUAUGAAAUGUCCGUAUGACCAAGGUGUUAUCACAAAAACAGUAGAUGAGUUACCAGUAAAUUAUGCUUUGCUACAGCUUGUGGGAGCUACUAUACCAGAAGAAGAACGAACACAAUCUGCUGUGGUGAAAGAAAACUCACAUUAUGAAGCGUGUAAGAAAUGCAUUGAAGAAUUAGCUGUAAAUAUGAAGUCUUAUUCAGAUGAUGAAUCAGAUAAUGAAGAUGAAACAUCUCAACUGUCCCAAAAUAGUAACACCUUGCAUCAAGGAGCCUCAUCAAAUUCUAUUCUAAGUCGACCAAUGCAGCGUAAAUUAGUAACAUUAAUUAACUGUCAGCUAGUAGAAGAGGAAGGAAGAGCUCGCGCUAUGCGUGCAGCUAGAUCAUUAGGGGAGAGAACUGUUGCUGAAUUAAUUCUUCAGCACCAGAAUCCUCAACAACUAUCUGCUAAUUUAUGGGCAGCUGUUAGAGCCAGGGGAUGUCAAUUUCUUGGUCCUGAAAUGCAAGCAGAAGUUCUAAAGUUAAUUCUACUAGCAUUAGAAGAUGGCUCUGCAUUAGCAAGAAAAGUUUUAGUUUUAUUUGUGGUGCAGAGACUAGAAGCUACGUUUAUUCAAGCCUCUAAAACAGCUAUUGGACAUGUUGUUCAACUGUUAUAUAGGGCCUCCUGUUUUAAGGUGACCAAGAGAGAUGAAACAUCAUCGCUAAUGCAGUUGAAAGAAGAAUUCAGAACUUAUGAAGCUUUACGAAGAGAACAUGAUUCUCAGAUAGUACAAAUUGCUAUGGAAGCAGGUUUACGUAUAUCACCAGAACAAUGGUCUUCCUUAUUAUAUGGUGAUUCUGGUCAUAAAUCACAUAUGCAGUCUAUAAUAGACAAGUUACAGUCACCCCAGUCAUUUUCUCAGAGUAUAAAUGAGUUGAUGAUUGCCUUACAGAGAACAAAUGAUCCUGGACAAUUACAGUCAUUACAUCCUCAUCUAGACUUUCUGGCUAAGAUACAAGUUGAGUCAAGUCAAGAUAAACAAGUACCAUCAUGGGAAAACUUGGAUGCUAUUUUGAGAGCUCUUAAAACUGUUGUGCAGGGGUUGAUUAAUUACCUAAACAAUCAUAGUCAUAAAAAGUCUGAUUUGAACCAGGCAGCCCAAAAUGUACGCUAUAAAACCAGUAUGUGUCGAGAUUUUAGUAUGAAUAAAUCAUGUCCUAGAGGUGCCAAUUGUACAUUUGCUCAUUCUGAAGAUGAACUAGAAAGAUUUAGAGCGAAGAAGAAAUUUGGAGUUAAACUUUACCCAUCAUUAGUGCCAACGUUUGCUGGUUUGACACCUAAAGAGAAAGAAGAGUUAGCUUUGGUGAAUAAAACAACCGAUGAUAAGUUAGAUAGUAGAGGAGUUGGAUCACCUGUUACACCACAGAAGACAGAUGGUACUGCUGUAAAAAGUUUACCUAUGAUGAAUAUAGUAAAACCCAUGAUGGUACCAACUACUACUAGUGUUGUUAGUUUAACCACAAAUGCAGCUAUAUCUGUAACUACUACAUCAUCUGUAGCUGCUACGUCAUCUAUUACAUCUGUAUCAUCUAAUAUGGUGGUAUCAGGUCUACAUGGUACUCCCCAGAGAUCUUCAUUCUCUCGACAGUCAGAUGUGGUUUAUUACUCUACAACUGGUGAACAACAUCCAAUUUCUCAUGCUUCAAUAAGCCAACCAUCAGUUAUUCCUUCUCAGAUGGGUCAGCCAAUUGUUCCCCAAUCUGCUAUGAGUCAGCCUCUAAUUCAUCAAAAUCGUAUAGGUCAGCCCCUGAUUCCUCAAAAUAGAAUGAGUCAGCCAUUACUUCCACAAGUUGGUGUGAAUCAGCCUAUGAUCCCCAUGAUUCCUCAUGCUCAUGUAGGUCACACUCCAACCCCUCAUGCUUCUGUAAAUCAAACACCAUCCUUCCAUCAUGUUCCUCCCAUGCCACCACCAAAUCUCCACCCUGUUCCACAUGUGGUUAAUCAGCCUUAUAAUUUAAGUAAUGCACGACCAACACCUACAGGUGCAGCAGCUAGAUAUCCAACACCAUCUUACCCUCCAGCAAUGCAAUAUAACCCUGAUCAACAGUCGUCUGCAUGCUCUCAUAUUUACCAUGGCUAUAUGUGUGAUGGACAAACACCUUGCCCAACAUAUCCAGAACCUUGGGUUCAUCAGCAAUCACCUUUCCCAUGCCCAGAUAACUCAAAUAGGAUGUUAAACCCGGCAUCUAGUUUUUAUCGGGAUAAAUACAGUUAUCAACUGCCACCAGCUCCACAGCCUGUAACCAUUGAUCCUGUACAACCACCUACUAUACAAGAACAGUUUACAAGUCAGGAUAAUUCGCUACAAGACUUGAAGUGCCGUCGUAAGGAGAUACUCUCACAGAUCCACAGUAAUAUCCAACUGACUCCAAUUAACCAAGAAUCCACAGAAAUUGCUACCUCUCGUCAUACUUCACCACAAAAUAACUUGGAGAUGAAACAAAAAAGGGAAAGAAUUCCACAGCAUUUCUUCUCCAGAGGAGCCAAUUCUGGUACCUUCGGAUCUAGCCAGUGUCCAAAUGUCUCAAAUGGUUUAACCCAAACAGAGAAAGCUUACACCAUUUUGAAGAAAGAACUAAGUCGCAAUCCGCAAGAUGCACCUGAUCCAAGAGAAUUUUCAUGGACAACACCCAUUUCUGUAAAUCCCGUUUUGGAAGUUCACAAUUCACUAAAGAGUGAGCCGGUUGUGACAAUUUGCAGAACUUUACAGGAUAUUACAGUACAAAAUAUGCUACCAGAGAUACCAAUUCCAGGAUGGUCUAAAUCCGAAGAAAGUAGUCAACCUACCAGUAGUGCUUCUUCAGAUGGUGAUUUAGAAGCUGAUGGAGAGAGUUACUAUGAUCCAUGGUCAAGCUUUGAUUGGUCAAGCCAGGCAAUGAAACAUGAUAGACAAGAGGAGAAGAAAUGUGAAUAUAGUGGAACUAAUUUAUUUGACUGGUUCCAUAGAGCAAAGCAAGAAGAAUAUAGAAGGUUCUCUGGUAAUGAUAUAGAUGAGUUUAUUCCUUUUGAUCCACCAAUUGUAUCAAGAUUUGGUCCAAUAUCUCGAGUGGCUAGAUCAAAGAUGAAGAAUAGUGAUCCUGUAAUUGUAACAGCCGAUGAGGCAAUAACAAAGAUGACACCUGUUACAGCAGUAACUCCAAUGCAGCGCCCAUAUCCAGCGAGUGCACCUGCUCCUAGUCGAUAUCAAUUACCGGGAGAACCCACUGAAGUAUUGGUACCAAGACCUAAAACUAGGUCUUCAGAACCACAUACUUUAUGGCAUCGACACACUACUGCACCGUAUGGAAACAAUCAAAUACGUCAAGAAUUAAAUCGAUUAGAACAGAAUGCUACUGGUGCAAGUACAGCAGAUGAAAGAUUAGCAUACGAACUUCAGGCAAUAGAACUAAAGAUUUCUAUGAAAACGGGUAAAAGACCUGAUCCUGUAGAACAGCCAGAUAUAAGUAGAAUGGAAGCUCCUUGCAAUCUAAAUCUUAUACCUACAUCAGUAUCUACUCAUAGACAACAGACAACAACUUUACAUAGAGCUUUAGAAGCUCAGUUUGAAAGAGGUGAUGAGUUAAUAUAUAAACAGCAUCAAGAAGAACAAGAUAGGCAGUUAGCUCAAAAACUUAUGAUGGAAGAAUUACAGAGUAAUAGACAAACUCGCAAAUAAAAUGGCAUAUUAUUUUAAUAAAUCUCAUUUAAGCUUUACUAUUGUAUAGCAAAUGGGUCACUUUUUAUUCUCUUGGCAUUAAAAGACAAAACAUUUGAACCUGAAAUACCUUAGUCAGUAAGCCCCCCCCCCCC